CCGUAGAACUUGCUAAAUAUUUGAGAGCACAAAAAAAGUAAGAUUUCUAGUAGGUUUUCGCUUUUUCGGUAAUAAAGUUGGCAAUUAUUGUACCUUCCAUUGAAUUCAAUAUUACCUAACCUCUUGUCUGCAACUUUAGUAUCACCAUUUGCAUGUAUACCAUCCCUACAUUAUAUUAAGCUACACCUAAUCCGUGUCCUACACGGAUAUGAUAUAAUCAAAAGGGAGAAACGUAAGCGAGAAAGGAUUAGGUUUUUGACUCUUUGUUAAUUUUUUUUCCUUUUUCGCCCCCGGCCCCAGCUUCCUAAACAAAGCAGCAUUCAUAGAGCAAGAACACGUGGACCUCAACCCGCAAGGUCAACCGUCAAACCCAUGGAACCUAGUCAGCGUCCAGGAAGUGGAAGAAGUCAAAUGCCUGCUGAAAAUCAUCCCCGUCUGGUCCGCCGGAAUCGUCAGCCUGACGGCGGUCUCCCAGCAGGGCACCUUCACAAUCUCCCAGGCCCAAAUCAUGGACCGCCGCCUGGGCCCAAAAUUCCAGAUCCCGCCCGGGUCCAUGUCCGCCAUCUCCCUCCUCGUCAUCGGCGCGUGGCUCCCCUUCUACGACCGCGUCCUCGUCCCGGCCACGCGCAAGGUCACGAAGAUCGAGGGCGGGAUCACGCUCCUCCAGCGCGUCGGGGUCGGGAUGGUGUUCUCCGUCCUCUCCAUGGUGGUGGCGGGGCUGGUGGAGCGGGAGCGGAGAGGGUACGCACACGCGCACCCGGACGCGCCGCCGGUGUCGGUGAUGUGGCUGGCGCCGCAGCUGGCCCUGAUGGGGAUGUGCGAGGCGUUCAACUUCCUGGGACAGAUUGAGUUCUACAACAAGGAGUUCCCCGAGCACAUGAGGAGCAUCGCCAACGCGCUCUUCUCGGUGUCGUUCGCGGCGGCGAACUAUUUGAGCAGCGUGCUGAUCUCGGUGGUGCGGAAGGCGACCGGCCGGCGGACGGACUGGCUGGCGAAUGAUCUGAACCAAGGGAGGCUGGAUCUCUUCUACUUUCUGUUGGCCGGGAUGGGGUUCGUGAACUGCUUCUACUUUCUUUACUGUGCUAGUGGGUACCGGUACAAGACCAAGAUGAAGAUCGGCGAGGCGGAGGCGGCGGCGGGUGAUGGUGGUGGUGGGAAGUCGACCGAGUUUCGUGACGUUGAGAUGGAUCCAGUUAAAGUGGCGAGUUGAUCGGGUUUUUAAUUUGGUGUUACUUUUCGAUCUUGUACGUAUAUGUGUACGUGUGGGUUUCGGUGUGUUGAUCUAUAGAGAAUAUGUGUGUGUUGAUCUAUAGAGGUAUAUGUAAUUUACUUUACUAUAAGUACUUGAUCAUGUCAAUAACACAAAAUGUUAACGUUUAUGUGUAAGCUGUAUAAUUAAGUAUUGGAUGGUUUGUCUGAAACCUGUCUACUUUCAAUUGAUUUGUUGACACAAAAAACAAUCGUUUUUGCUAACCAUUUCAAUUGAUUUCAUUAAUUGGUAAACUAGAAUUACACGGUUCAUAUACAAUUAGUAUCAAACCACAAGUCUAAACAAAAAUGGCACCGUUGAUCAUUAGGAAAAAAAGUCAAAUUAAUAUUACUAGGUUCACAGAGGAUUCGGACUCAUAUGAGAACCCAUGUAUAACCCUUCAGACAGGUUAAGCAUAAUUGUUGAUCAAACUAAUAUCUGUCGUUGAAUUCUUGUCCAUGUAUCGCAUAAAUUUUCAUGCCUCUUCUCUAUGUCAACUCAAGUCUAUCUGCCACCACUCUCAUGCAUGUUGAACUCUCCCUUUAAAGUUGGAUUUGUAAGGGAAAUCAGUUGGAGGGAAAGGAGUCUGGUCCACUGUCUAUAUAUCUUCCAGGACCAGUUUGCUUCCUGAACUCCAUGAAAUCGAAGAUUAAAAUGGUGACCUAACCACUAACACCGUACCUUGAGUGCUAUUUUGAGGAUCGACCAGAAGUUGCUAGAUUCUUCCAAGAAUAUAGCUUUCAUGAUGGCCAAGCCGGAAGAGACGGAUGCGAAGCCAAAGACGUGUCGCCUAACCAUUGUCUCACACCAACAACCCAAAUAGAAGUCUAUAAAUAGAGAUAUAGGAGGGAGGAGUUCAGUAGCCAGUGAUAAGAGGUAUUUGAGGGUUGUUACCCUGCCGACAGAGAAACCCAUCUGACUUAGAACGACACUAGUAACCAGAGGAAAAUCGGCACCCAGAAUUCUCUUCAUAGACCCCAAAAUCUCUGUUUCGGGCGUUGAUUUUAGAGGCUUCGUAGGUCUUUGUUUCUACUGAUGAAUCUCAAGGAUCUCUUCCCCACAACGAAUAGUCCCCUUAGUUUCAUAGGUUUGUGAACCCUAGAGAUUCUUGAAAAUGUAUUCUUGAUUUUGGUAUAAUGUGAUUGAUGUUAUUCUUCCUAUGGUUUGUGUUUGAUUCUCUAUUGUAUUCUUUUUGUUGGAUUGAAUAAGUUCAUAAGUAAAACUGCAUCCCAUUGUGGUGCAGGUCUUAAAAUUUUGGUCGCAUAGAAAAAGACUAGACACGGUAGUUCUACACUAUCGGUCAUCAUUCGAUGAACCAGCGCGACACCUCAAUAUAGAUAUCCAUAGGGUCUGUGUUUCCUAUCAUAUCAAGGCAAAAAGCCUCGACAUAAGGUUGGAUCAAAUUACAUAGAGAUUAAGCAACUCAUAUGUCGACAAGAUUGAGAUAUGAGUCAAGGAACUCUCAGGGGAGCUUGCAUGUGCAACGCCUCGCCCUCUUGCUUCCUUCACCAGCGAGUAGUUAUAAAUUUCUUUUUUCGCA